AUGUAUCGGCAGAUACUCGUGCAUCCGGAUGACUGCAGAUUCCAAACGAUCCUGUGGCGUCAUUCAACUGAUGAUGAAGUGCGAGAGUACCAGCUGAGAACGGUCACCUACGGUCUGGCGUGUGCUCCGUUUCUCGCCAUACGGACACUCCGUCAGCUCGCAACGGACGAAGAAGAGCAGUUUCCUCGUGGCGCCGUAGCUCUGCGUCGAGAUUGUUAUGUCGACGAUGUGGUCACCGGCUCAAAUACGCUGAACGAUGCGAUCGCACUCCAGAUGGAAAUUCGCAACCUCUGCUUGGCGGGCGGAUUUCCGUUGAAGAAGUGGGCAGCCAACGACGAGAGGAUCCUGACUGGAGUACCAAGCGAUCAUCGUUUGCAGCAAUUGCCGCCAGCCUGGGUUGGAGAGAGCCACUCCACGCUAGGACUCCGCUGGCACCCGCAACAAGACCAGUUCUCCUUCGUGUUUCAUCCGCACGCUGCCAUCAACCACACGAAGAGAACGGUUUUAUCCGAAACCGCACGGCUCUUCGAUCCAAUGGGGUGGCUCGCUCCAGUCGUGAUUCGAGCAAAAAUUCUCAUUCAAUCCACGUGGCUGCAAGGAUUGGACUGGGACACCCCGCUGCCGCCAUCCGACGCUCGAGAGUGGCAACGUCUUCUAGAAGAACUCCAUCUUCUAGAUCAGGUGCGAAUAAAACGCUGGCUCGGGACCGGAGCAGAUAAGACCUCGCUGCAGCUUCAUGGCUUCGCCGAUGCAUCCGAACGAGGAUAUGCAGCCGCAGUAUACAUCCGCAUCACUGAAAGGAACGAAACGUCAGUAAGGUUAUUGAUGGCCAAAAGCAAGGUAGCACCCGUCAAACAAGUGACCUUGCCGAGGCUGGAGUUGUGCGCCGCCACGCUACUCACCAAUUUGACGCGACAUAUCAAACAAACGCUCGACCUGGCAACAUCAGACACGUACUUAUGGUCGGAUUCAACAGUGACCCUCCAAUGGAUUCGCGGUCACUCCUCACGCUGGAAGACUUUCGUCGCCAAUCGAGUCGCUCACAUCCAGACGCAGCUGCCUAAUGCACAAUGGAGACACGUAGCUGGUCGCGACAACCCUGCGGACUGUGCAUCAAGGGUAUUAAUCCAAGCGAACUAA